CUUACAUUUAAAGCAUAAAGAGCCUUACGUCAUUGACAUAAGGGUGCUCUCAGCGGUAAAACAACUCCGAACGGUCUGUACAGCUGUCAGCUUGCAGACUUGCAGUAGCAAAAUGUCGGUCAUAAGAGCAGGUCGUGUGUUAGUGCUGGUCUUUUGCUACGUCCUAGUACUAGCUCAAAACGACUUCAAGCCCCCAAAAGUGACUAUACAACCGCUGAAACCCAAGGGAAUCCGGCUUUUCAUACCAGAAAUCAAAGAUAUAACGCUGUUUGUCUUCCACGGUAACGUAAAUAGGGAAAUAGAGAAGAAUGGAUUCGGCGAAAUCCGUGCGGAAAUACCCUCGCCAAAAGAUGGGCUGUUCUUCUACCAAAGUAACGACGUUAAGCUGAAACCGGGAGAUGUGAUCUACUACUACACAAGCAUCUUGAUGAAAGGGGCGAUUCAGUAUGACGAUCAACAAACGUUUAUCGUGGAAGAGCUGAUCGAUCCAAACUCAUCCGCGGACGCCGCGUUGCCCGUCGGCGAUUGUCCCAAGACCCUCACAGUCGUCCGAGACUUGAACAAGGCCUGCAGCGGACAGAUCAUAUUCGAGGACAAUUUCGACGGCCUUCGCGAAGACCUGUGGAGAUUGGAGCAGUAUAUACCUGAUGAACCGGAUUACGCCUUUGUAUCGUACCAGCGGCCUCCCAACGCGCCCACCAUAUCUGUGGGGGAAGGUUUCUUGAGGAUUGAGCCCAGGCUACUGCAGAAUCUACCCAACUUCAGCAGCCAUUCCAUUUCAGCGGGGACACUGGAUCUAUACAGCGGGUGCACAUCAUCGUGGUCCCGCUGCAGGACGCUGGCUUGGGGCGCGAGCAUACUGCCGCCGGUGGUCAGCGGCCGCAUCACCACCAAGUCCUUCGCCUUCAAGUACGGAACCAUCGAGAUCAGGGCCAAACUGCCUCAAGGAGAUUGGAUUUAUCCAGACAUUCUGCUUCAAUCUUUUUAUGAAAGGUACGGGUCAUUGAACUUCGGGUCCGGAGUAGUGAGGAUAGCUGGAGCAAGAGGGAAUAAGAACCUCAAGGGAGGGAAUACCGAAUACGGGAACAAGGUAUUAUACGGAGGAGUCAUUAUGAAUGUGGGAUGUCGGAAUCACUUGAUAAGGCAGAAGGUCAGCAAGGAGGCCUGGGGAGACAGGUUCCACGUUUACUCCAUGCGGUGGACGCCAGAGCGCAUAACGCUAUUCGUCGACGAUGAUGAGUGGGCACGCGUGGAGCCGGCGGCGGGCGGGCUGCAGAGCCUGCUGCCGCGCGAGUGUCAGCUGCCCCGCACCAUGCUCGCCAACGCCACCAAGAUCGCGCCCUUCGAUGACCUUUUCGGAAUCACACUUGGCGUGGCCGCGGGUGGUGUUCUGGAGUUCGAAGACAACCUCAACUCGAACGGCGUGCCCAAACCCUGGAAGAACAGCGGUCGGAAGGCCAGCUACUACUUCUGGCAGGACCUGAUCAGCUGGUCUCCCACCUGGACGAGCCCCGCGCUUGUGGUGGACUACGUGCGAGUGAGAGCGCUGUAGCCCGUCUCUGUUGUGAUAUUAAACGUUAAAAUAAU